CCAGAGAACCUGCUCCUGGCCAGUAAGCUGAAGGGAGCUGCAGUGAAGUUGGCUGACUUUGGGCUGGCCAUCGAUGUCCAGGGAGACGAGCAAGCAUGGUUCGGUAAGAGUUUGACUUUGAACAUUCAAAUGUACAUGACAUGAAAAGAGUAAUGCUAGCAAUGAUAGAAAAACUAAGAUGGAAGGUGUACAAUGGCAGGAAGUCAAUUCUUUACCUCCUCCUUUCUCCUCCCCCUCACCCCUCCCUCCUUCCAUCUCUCUGCCCAUCAUCCCUCCAUCCCUCACUUACUGGCAUGAUGUAACUUGGCAUUUGCACAUCAAAGUAGUGGGGCCAGAGGUUGUUCAGUAUUGACAGUAGGGCUCCUCACCUUUAAUCAGAGGACUAUUUGAUUUGCCCCCCCCCCCCCGUGUCUUAUCUUUCAAGUCCAAGCUGUUUGAACCUGUCACUUACACCAGACCCCAGAGAGAAACCGGGGCCAGCAGGCCUUCGCUGAGUACCCACAUACAUUAAUAUAUGUUUAUUAGAUCAGUGUAGAGGAAUCAGCUCAAAAUUGACAGACUUGCUUUUAUCUUGCCAAAGAGCCAGACGUCUGUGCCCACUCCAGGGACAGACUGGACAUCUCUGAAUGGAAGCCUAGCUUGUCCCUUCUUGUCAGAUCAGAAUGCUACUCAUUAAUACUGCCCUACCAAGCAAAAGAGCAGUAACUGCACAUUUGGUCAAAAAUGAGUUAUUUACAGUUUCUAUACAUUAAAUACAUGCUUUAUCAUGUGGACAAAUAUUCUGCCUCCAUUGUGUUGUAUUGUGGAGAAAAUGGGGGGUCAUGUUUGCAGUAAUUGCAAAAAGUUAAAGUGAAACCAAGGAAAAAGGCAGUAACUGGCAUCACUCACGUCAGUUACUGCCUUUUAGCUUGGUUUCACUGAGCUUUGGGCUGCAGUGUCUACGGUAAACCUUGGUAUUAUCUGUUGGUCUUUGCUGAUACCAGUAUCAAACUAUAUGACACUGACAGCCACAUACAAAUACAUAUACUUACACAAUAGUAUUUUUUUAUUGUCAUGGAAACGUAUUCCAGUGGGUCUCCAAUGAUCUGCCUACAAUUCAUUUGGCUAGACAAUAAAAAAACGUAUCAGUUUCACUCUAUGAGCAGUUACUGCUCUUUAGCUUGGUAGGGCAGAAUAGAGCUGAAUGAAUGGGGAUGACAGGGGGUUUUGAUGGAAUGCUGUGUUGUCAUUACAUUAGAUCCUAGACGUUGUUGUUUUAUUCCUUUUGACAAGUUAUUUGCUGCUGUAGGUUUUGCAGGCACUCCAGGCUACCUCUCUCCAGAGGUCUUGAGGAAGGACCCCUACGGCAAGCCGGUGGAUAUCUGGGCCUGUGGUGAGUGACUCCUCCAAUGUGCGUGUGUGUGUGUGUGUGUGUGUGUGUGUGUGUGUGUGUGUGUGUGUGUGUGUGUGUGUGUGUACUAACCCCCCCCCACACACUGUGUGUGUGUUCUGUAUGCAGGUGUGGUCCUGUACAUUCUCCUGGUGGGCUACCCUCCCUUCUGGGAUGAAGACCAGCACAAGCUCUAUCAGCAGAUCAAGGCUGGGGCCUACGAUGUGAGUAGUGACCAUCUGCCCCCUCUCUCUCUGUUCACCAUUCACCUCUAUGGGAUUACAACAGAUUUGUGUGUGCAUGAUUAUAUUAUGUCGAAUUCAUUGAGAGGCCAGUGUGUAUGUGUGUGUGAGUUUUUGUGCAUUGUUAAUGUCCUUGACUCAGAGUAGUGAGUAAAAUAGUCCCCUGUAGCUCAGUUGGUAGAGCAUGGCACUUGCAACGCCAGGGUUGUGGGUUCGUUUCCCACGGGGGGCCAGUAUGAAAAUGUAUGCACUCACUAACUGUAAGUCGCUCUGGAUAAGAGCGUCUGCAAAAUGACUAAAAUGUAAAUGUAAAAUCUUGUGUGUUUGCGUGAGUACGUUUAUGUACUUGCAUGCACGUGUUUGCUUGCGCUUGUGUGUGUGUAUGUUUGGAUGAGGCUUUGGGAAAGAGAAGGAUGGAGGGAGAGCUGUAGGGAAGCAGUGGAGUGGUGUUGGGUUGGGCUUGAAGGAGCUUUUAGCAGCACUCAGGCCAUUAACACUAAACUGAUGGGAGGAGAGGGGGAAGAGCUCAAAAGAGCCUCAUGCUGUGUGUGUGUGUGUUUGCACACGUGUGUGUGCAACGAACCCCACCAGAGAGAGUGUGUGCCUGUCUGAGUGCACACUUUGUCACAUACCCUUCAAGUCCCCGUAAAUACCCAAGCAGUCCCGGUCCAGAUUUUGCUCUCGUUAAUUUUUAAUUGGCUGCGAUAGAGCUGUGUUUUCUGCCCAUUGAGCCUGUCAGAGUGGCCUCUGCAGUUACUAACCCAGGGGUAGGGGCCUAGGAGACACUACAUCACUGUGGCAGCCAGGGACACAACUCAAACUACUGCAUGAGGAAUACAAGCUAGCAGGGAUGCUCUUAUGUGUAUACAUGCAGCAGGACUGUGUUUUGUAUUUUUACUGUAUACCUUUGGUUUAGGGCAGGGGUGCCCAACCCAUCUUCUGGAGAGCUAGUGUAGCGAAAUGCUUGUGUUCCUAGCUCCAACAGUGCAGUAGUAUCUAACAAGUAGCUGGUGACCAGCUAGUUACUAACUACCUCCUAAUUCAGGUUCAGAUGUGUUACAACUGGGUUGGAGCAAAAUCCUGCACACCUAGUAUCUCUCCAGGAGGAUGGUUGGCCACCUCUGGUUAGCACUUUAUUCUACUCAUAUGUUCUACUCAUGUCUUGACCAUUGUCUUAUCAGAUGUGAUUGUGUGAGGUGUAAUGCAACUGAAUAAACAUGGAUCGGUUUUGGCUUCAGUAAUUGAUUUGAUGCAAUCUUUUCCGAUGCGGCGAUGUCCGUCAGCCCCGACUUUGAUUCAAUUAAUUACUUUUUGUAUCUAGUUUAAUUUGCUGUCUGAAAGCACCAUUCAGUUCAAUUAUAUUUCCUCAUAACUUCCUCAUAAUUAGAUAGCAGGCUUCAUUGUUUGGCAUCUCUGCAAUGUGGGCUGAUUUUAUUGCACCCUGAGAGAGUGUGUGUACUGUCUGUGUGUGUUUGUGUGUUUGUGUGACUUAAUGUGCAUCUCUAAUAAUUUCUCCACCUCUUUCUUUCACUCUCUCUCUCACCUCCCCCCUCUCUCCCUGCCUCCCUCCCUCCCAGUUCCCCUCCCCAGAGUGGGACACAGUGACCCCCGAAGCCAAGAACCUGAUCAACCAGAUGUUGACCAUCAACCCUGCCAAGAGGAUCACUGCUGACCAGGCCCUCAAGCACCCAUGGAUCUGCGUAAGUCACCCCAUCACCAGGCUAUCACUUACACGUCAUUUGCUUUGGAUGUACUUGAGUAUGGUAUCGGUAUUACAUUUAUGGUAACGUUGGCCCCAUUUUACCAUCAUAACUGGUGCUGUGAUGGCGUAAUCAUUGAUGUGUUGUUACUUCUCUGCUCCUGUUCCACAAUCCAGCAACGUUCCACUGUGGCUUCCAUGAUGCAUCGCCAAGAGACUGUGGAGUGCCUGCGCAAGUUCAAUGCCAGGAGAAAACUCAAGGUGAGUGUACACAGACACACACACUCACUUGGGUGCACACACAAAUGCACACAUAUAUCCCAUCUGUUGUGUUAGAGAGAUUGUAUACACUUUGUCCUUUGCACUAACUUUGUAAUCUGUGUCUUCUCCAGGGAGCCAUCCUUACCACCAUGCUGGUGACCAGAAACUUCUCA